UCUUGUGAGUUUUCUCUCGUCUGUUUGGAUGUCGAGAAAAAUAUGUAGGAAAAUUUUGGCAAAUUCAAGUUUCUUUGUCGUUUCGUUCACUUCCUUGAGUUCAGAUAAUCCAUGCCAGACACCUGACCUUAUAGUUCUUGGAAAUCACUUCACUGGCCAAUAAAUGCUACAUCUCUGAGUCAAAUUUUCUCUUACCUUUUCGGCAGCCAAACAGGGAACGGAGUUUCAAAAUUUUUUUUUCUGUAAAAAGCUCAAACGAGUCUAGUUUGAAUCAUUAGAUCUCUAGCGUUAGUUCGGCAACUUGUUUUUCGCAAUGGACUGACUGUGACUUCGAUUACGUACGAUCAUGAGGAUGUUUUGAGUCCUCAUAUGUAGUUUUGCAUGUUUAUAUGUAGACGAUUGUGUAUCUACGGCAUCCAAUUUCGUCAAUGCCUUGCAAGAUAAUAGUCGAUUUAAGUCAGUGAGUUUUUGUGUAGCGUAUGAUUUCUUCUUUUACGUUUAAUUUUAGGGUAAAUUUGAAUCGAUUUGUCAGGAUAUUGAGAAUUUAGGAGCUAAAAAAGCGAAUGUCGAAUAUAGCAGUCUGUGCUCGCUUUAGGCCUUUGAGUUCCAAGGAGAUAAGAGAUCACGGAGAUGGUGUCUGCAUUCACGCCAUAGACUCUGAAACUUUCGCUUUCAAGGAUGAGAAGGAAGAAGAGUUCAUAUUUGGCUUUGAUCGGGUGUUCUAUGAGAGAUCCAAGCAAGUUGAUGUCUAUGAAUUUCUAGCUUUGCCUAUUGUUCAAGAUGCUGUCAAUGCAAUAAAUGGGACAAUCAUCACUUAUGGGCAGACUGGAGCUGGAAAGACUUAUAGCAUGGAGGGACCUGGUGUACUAGAACAAGAAGAAGAGAAGAAAGGAUUACUUCCGAGAGUAGUAGAUGGAUUAUUUAAUGGUAUCAGAGCUUCUGAUGCUUCAACAAAAUAUACGAUCAAGUUGUCAAUGGUGGAGAUCUAUAUGGAGAGAGUCAGGGACCUUUACGAUUUAUCAAAGGACAACAUACAAAUUAAGGAGAGUAAAACUAAAGGAAUAUUGCUUUCUGGAGUGACAGAGGUCUCUAUAUCAGACCCCAUGGAAGCACUACAGAGCCUCUCUAAAGGGAUCUCUAACAGGGCAGUUGGGGAGACUCAAAUGAAUAUGGCUAGCAGUAGAAGUCACUGCAUUUAUAUUUUCACAAUCCAGCAAGAAUUGAAAGUAGACAAAAGGUUGAAAACUGGAAAACUGGUUCUUGUGGACUUAGCGGGGUCUGAGAAAGCAGAAAAAACUGGAGCUGAGGGAAAAGUUCUUGAAGAAGCUAAGAUGAUCAACAAAUCCCUCUCAGCACUGGGAAAUGUUAUAAACGCUCUGACAUCUGGUUCACCGAGCAAAGCAAAUCACAUCCCAUAUCGUGAUUCCAAACUAACUAGGAUUCUGCAAGAUGCUCUUGGAGGCAAGUCGAGAACUGCAUUAUUGUGUUGUUGCUCACCAGGCCUGUCUAAUGUAUCAGAAAGUCUGUCCACACUUCGCUUUGGGGCAAGAGCAAAAUAUAUAAAGGCAUCACCGUGGGUCAAUCGAAAUGAAGAUAAACACACUAAAAGAGGUGGAUCAAUAUUUCUGGAAAAAGAUGACUCAUCUGAGAGAAUUAUGAAUGAGUUGAGGGAGCGACUGGACAUUGAAGAUGUGAAGUUACUUGAAGAGUUAUUCACAAGGGAGGGAAUAUUAUCCGUUCCUGGAGUUGAAGAGAUAGAUUCGGCACUAGAAGAUUGUACUUUACGAACAAUUUCUGCAUUGCAACAAGAACUGGAAGAACUUGUAUAUACUGUUGAGGAGGUAAGAGAAAAAAUUAUCAAGCCCUAAAGAGAAAUUUCAUAGUCGUGAGUUUUAAGCAUUCAUCUCACCGUUUAUAUGAUGAUGUCCUUUAGUUUCAUCUCAUGAACACUUGUUCUUUAGAAAAACAACUGAGAGUGAAAGUCCAUCCAAAUAAAUGCCAUCUUGAGUACCUGUUAUUGGCUUCAAAAGGGGUCAUGAUCAACUAAUAUCA